CCCGGGAGGGUGGCUGGGCGGCUGGCCGCGCUCGCUCGGGGCGUGCGGAGACGGGGCCGGGAGACUCUUUGGAAACUCCGGACGCUGAGAAACAUGGCACUCCCCACGCUGCCCUCCUACUGGUGCACCCGAAGGCUCCUGGAUCAGCAGGUAGCGCGACAGCGACAGCGAGAGCAGGAGGCCCGACUUCGGCAGCAGUGGGAUCAGAACAGCCGCUACUUCCGGAUGUCUGACAUCCGGACCUCCAAACAGGCAGAAUGGAGCUCCAAGACCUCCUACCAACGGAGCAUGCAUGCCUAUCAGCGAGAGAAGUUGAAGGAAGAGAAGAGGAGGUGUCUGGAGGCCAGACGGGAGAGACUGAGGCAGCUCCUGAUGGAGGAGCAGGACCUGCUGGCCAAAGAAUUGGAGGACCUGAGGCUGAGCAUGAACUUGCAGGAGAGAAGAAUCCGAGAGCGCCAUGGGAAUCUGAAAUCGGCUCGAGAAGAGCAAAGGAAACUGAUUGCUGAACAGCUGUUGUAUGAGCACUGGAAGAAGAAUAACCCCAAACUUCGAGAGAUUGAAUUGGACCUUCACAGGAAGCAUGUGGUAAACUCUUGGGAAACGCAAAAAGAAGAGAAAAAGCAGCAAGAAGCCACAAAGGAGAAAGAGAACAAACGAUUUGAAAAUGAAUAUGAAAGAGCCCGAAGGGAAGCGCUGGAACGGAUAAAGGCAGAGGAGGAGAGGAGGCAAAUGGAGGAUAAACUCCAGGCUGCAGCGCUGCUGCAGCAGAUGGAGGAGCUGAAGUUGAAGGAGAUGGAGGCCACCAAACUGAAGAAGGAGCAGGAGAAUCUGUUGAAGCAGCAAUGGGAGCUGGAGAGGCUGGAGGAAGAGAGGAAGCAGAUGGCAGCCUUACGGCAGAAGGCAGAGCUGGGACGCUUUUUGAGACACCAGUAUAAUGUGCAACUCAAUAGACGUACCCAGCAGAUCCAGGAGGAGCUGGAGGCGGACAAGCGCAUCCUGCAGGCACUUCUAGAGAAGGAGGAUGAGAACCAGCGCGUGCACUUGGCCAGGCGGGAGCAGGCGCUGGCAGACGUGGCGUGGAUGAAGCAGGUCAUCGAGGAGCAGCUGCAGCUGGAGAGGGAGCGGGAAGCAGAGCUGCAGAUGCUGUUGAGGGAGGAGGCCAAGGAAAUGUGGGAAAAGAGAGAGGCCGAGUGGGCCCGAGAGAGGAGUGCGCGAGACAAGCUGAUGAGCGAGGUCCUGAUAGGAAGACAACAACAAAUACAAGAAAAGAUUGAACAAAAUCGACAGGCACAAGAAGAAUCCUUAAGACACAGGGAAGAACUUAUUCGAAAUCUUGAGGAGGCAAGAGAUUCAGCUCGCCGUGAGAAAGAGGAGAGUGAAGAACUGAAAUCAGCCCGGAAGCAGGAACUGGAGGCCCAGGUGGCAGAGCGCCAGCUGCAGGAGUGGGAAGCAGACCAGCAGGAGGAGCAGGAGGAAUUGGAGACGAGGCAGGCAGAACAGCUCGCCGAUGCCCUGCUGCAGCGGGAGGCAAAGAUGAUGGCUGAGCAGGGCUACCAGCCCAAGCCGUAUGGACAUCCCAAAAUUGCUUGGAACUGACAUCCUUGGGCCUGUGAGCACAGCGAGCAAGGAUCUGAGGCCUUCAGUAUGCAGCCACCCGCGAGUUUUACAGCAUGCGAUCCUGGGGCUCAGGUCUCCGUGAAGUCGUUCAGUGAGGCCUGUUACUAAGUGGGUCAAGAGUAUGGGCUGUCAGGCCCCAGUAGGAUGCCCUUUCCUACCUUUCUUUCCCAAGCAAGGGGCUUGGAUAGGCACAUGUUUGACAGUUGUCGACGUCUUCCAUUGUGUUUCUAAGUAGUAUAAGUCCUCCCAGGGCAGGAUACACUGCUGGGAGGACUAAGUCACGCUCCAGGGCAGGAUACCUGGUUUCCUACUGACUUGCUCAUGAUUCCCAACCUCCAGUGAAGACUCGAGUGGAGAGAUGAGGGGAGUUUUUGUUUUUGUUUUUGUUUUUUUUUUCAUUUUUUUAAUCGCAAUUUAAAUUUAUUCUUUUGAAAACAAACUUGUAGAUCUUGGUGCAGUUUAUUUCAGGUUUUAUUAACUUAGUGGUCCUAAAAGGGCCACAUCUUAUUUUUGGGAAGAAAAGACUAUGGACUCUGAGGCAGUAUGACAUGGCCUGUGGAUGCUUUCCAGAAAGGUAGUGAAAUGAGCCUCUCCUCCUCUGGGAAGCAUUUUGGUAGAAUUUUCAUAGAGCAUUGUGGUGGGAGGAGUGAUCCCCAACAAGUCUGUUUCUGAGCCUCAAAAGGGGACUUGACCUUCAUUCAGCACUCCACUCUGCUUGUCUCGUGUCUGGGAAGGGCUGAACUACAUGCAGCUUUCUAGGACCCAGGUGCCCGGAGGAAGGGGCAUCAAACCUAAAGAAGUGAAAGCUGACUCAGCCACAGACCCACCAAAAUUUUCUCUAGAUCAAGGCUAAUCUCUGCAAAUCGCUACAAGUUCUUUGUAGCAAUAAUCUUAUUUUUAUGACUUCUGUUUUUCUCCUACUUUUCUUCUGAGGUUUCAGUUUUAAUUAUAUUGUGUUCAAUAUUCCACAUGUCAGUAAAUCACAACUAAUUACAGGGCUCUGUGCUGUGGUUAUUAAAAACCAGAGUUUAUUGGAAAAUCCCGUCUGCAAGCUGUAUUCCCUUUCAUUUCCAUGAUGGGGGAAAACAAAUUGAGCUGCAAACUGCAUUCUUAAUCUGUUUUUCAUUUUCUUGCUUUGAAUUUCUUUGCCCUGAUCCCCUGAGCACCACUUUCAUUAUGCAUGCUCAUAUUUAUUUUCCCUGUUUCAAAUGUUCAUUAAUUGUGAAAUAAAGUUCUGGUUUGACAGUAUCAUUUCCAGGCUUUGUCACUGUUGCUUUUAUUAAUCCUCACAAAGUGGAUAGUGCAGAAUGAUAGAUUUUUACUGAUUUAAUCCACAUCUACAAGUUUAGCUAUUUCCUAUGACUGGUAACAUUUUCUAAGUAUUCUUUUUUCUCAAGUGAUGUCAUCCACACUUCUGGUUUCCAUUGAAGCCUCUUCUUCGUAAACCUCAGAAUUAUUAGCUAUCAUGUAUUGUCUGAGUUCUGGCAUAGAAUUGAAUAUGACAGAAUGACUGGUACUAGGUACUCAAAUAUUUACUAAUUUUUUAUUUCUUUGAAGUUUUGUUUUUGAAGCCUACCGGUUAUUUUCCUUAUUAGCAUUAAAAACUAUAUUGCGGUAGUUAACUUCCCUGGUACAUUUAAAUGUUUCCUCUUUAAACUGGGCCAAAAUAUUCAUUUCUAAAUUUAGAGCUUCCACUACUUUACUAUUUGUAGAACCUCUAUUCCUGUUAUAUAUAUAUAUAUAUAUCUUGAUUAUGUUAUGGUUAAUAUAUGCAUAUAUUCGUUUUAUUACUUUUAACUGCUUUUUCCUACUUACUGUAAAUUUGAUGAUGUAUAGAUUAUUCUUCAGUAGCUUCUGCUAUGGAGGUCAACUCUUUUAGGAUAAAGGCAUUGAAGCCAUGAUAAACAUGAAGUGAUUCUUGUUGUAUAUGUGUGUGACGUUUACACGCUCUGCUUGUUCAGCACAUGGUGCUCUUGGGGAGGGGGCUGCACUGGGCCCAGCAAAGUGACAGCAGUCGGACCAUACACAGGUGAGCUGCUCUCCAGGCUCAAGAAUGGUGUGACUUGGGACUGAAGGAACCAUUUGUGCAAUAAAUAUUUUUUUAUGGCUAUAACGAAUAUUUUUUCCCGAUCUGGUUCUUAGGUAGUUUUCAAUGUUCAUACAACGUAGAGCAUCAUGGUAAUGUCUUCAAAGCCUAGGCAUUU